UUUUUAUUAGGUUUCAUUUGAACACACAAAUACAUAAAAUGUUUUUUAUUGCGUGCAUUUUUUUGAUAAUAUCAACAGGAAACUGUGUUCUUUUCAAACAAGUGUGUUACUAUACCAAUUGGGCUCAAUACAGGCAAGGUUCAGCUAAAUAUGAUAUCUCUUUACACUAUAGCUCAGGAUUAUGCACUCAUAUAAUAUACGCCUUCGCAAAAAUUGAGCUACUGGCCACAAAUACCUUUGGGAUUGCUCCUUAUGAGUGGAACGAUCAGUCAGAUGGAUAUAUUAAGGUUAACAAUUUAAAGAUUAAAGAACCUCAGUUAAAAACUUUACUUUCCGUUGGUGGAUGGAAUCACGCAUCUUCUGGGUUUACCGACCUUGUGAAAACAUAUACAAAUAGAAGCUUGUUCAUACAAAACGUGAUUUCUUAUUUGAAUAACUACGGGUUUGAUGGACUCGAUAUUGAUUGGGAGUAUCCUGGGCAACGAGGCUCGCCGCCUGAGGAUAAACAACUUUUUACGUUGUUGUGUAAAGAAAUAAACGCUGCGUUUAAUAGUUAUGGUUUAUUAAUUACGGCAUCUGUGGCUGCUGGUCAAAGUAGUGCAAGUAUUUCUUAUGAAAUUGCUGAAAUUUCAAGUUAUCUUGAUUUUAUCAAUUUAAUGACUUAUGAUCUUCAUGGCUCAUGGGAAUCCACAGUAGGACACCAUACCGAUAGCGGAUUAAAAUCAACUCCCUUAAGUGUUUAUAACUCCGUUAACUAUUGGAUCACAAACGGUGCUCCUCCUUCAAAACUUAUACUUGGACUUGCAUCUUACGGAAGAACAUGGAGAUUAACAAACUCGUGUAAUUGGAAUCUUGGAGCUUCGGGUAAUGGUGGAGGUGCACCUGGUCAAUUUACCCUUGAAAGUGGGUUUCUUUCAUAUUAUGAGAUAUGUAAAAAAAAAUGGAGUAGUAAAAUAUGUACUUUAGACAGCUUGGUAAAUGCACCGUAUGCAUCUGAUGGUAUAGAUUUUAUUGGAUACGAUGACGAAGAAAGUAUAACUUAUAAAGUUGUUAAUAUUGUUAAAAAAAAACUACUUGGUGGAUUUAUGUUUUGGGCAUUAGACUUGGAUGAUUUUAACGGUUUAUGUAACAACACUACUUAUCCUUUACUCAAAGCAGCAAAAAAGGCAGUCGAAAAUGAAAUACUAAUUAACCAAACAAAGUGUAAAAGUAGUUUUGGUGAAAACUGCACUCCUUUACUAUCUUCUUCGUUACCUUCUACAGCAAUAUCUAAAAAAGGUAAAUGUAGGUUCAAUACCAACAUUCUAAAUCCUUGGAUAGAACAAAGAGUUGCUUAUGAAGUAUGGUGCAGUAAUGAAUAUAACUGCCCGAAUUAUUGCGGGCAGACAGAUUGUCCAACCUGCAUGUGUAACUGUAAUGAUGAAAGCAAUAUAACAACAACAGCUAAAGCAAGUACAAUAGCAACAACAAAGUUUAAAUUAAGGACAACAUUAAAGUCAACAACAAAAAAAGAUGUUUCAACUACCCCAAAACAAGCAACAACAACGACAAGUUCAACAUUUAUCGAAAUGUGUGAAAUGCCGCCUGCUGACAAAAGAAUAAAUUGUUUAAGCAAUCCGUUUGGUCCUUUUAAAAAUACUCCUGGAAUGAAUUUUUGGUGUUCAUUAAAUUGCCCUGGCAACCCCAAUUGUCCAGAAACUUUAUGUUGUUGUAAUACCAUUAAAUGACUGUGUUUUAUUUAUAAUUUAUGAACAUUAAAUUUUUUAUACAUUUUUAUUACUUUUUAUAUCACUAAGAAAAUUUAAUUUACACAAAAUUUAAUACAAAGUGUGUAUAGAUUAAAUAAUUUGCUUUUAAACACUUUAAUUAAGUACGUUACCUCUAUAUAUUGCCUUCUUUUAUUUUGCAACAAGAUGUGUAUAAAUAAAA